AUGGACGACGACCGAGUAUCCCGCUCCGACCUCCAGCAGCACCACACACGACUGCCCGUGAGCAUCCAAGUCGAACUCGACCCGCAAGCGCGCGUGGGCGUGCAGGUGCAGGUAUCCGUCGUCCAUCGGCGCAGCGCGCAUCAUCAACCACGUGCAGACACGGGGUCUGCUGCAUCAACACAAACAACUCCAGGCUCUCUACCACCUGCAGGCCGCCGCGCCCGUGCGUCGUCGUCGUCGUCGUCGUCUUUAACCGAUCCUGAACCUGCAGGCAGAUGCACCGGCAGCGGCAGCGGCGCCAGCAGCACAUCUGACGAGCAAGUGGGGACAGCUUCAGCAUCCCACCGGGCGCAGACUCAGAAUUGGAAUCAAGACCAACGUGAAGGUCAAUCUGGCCCAGACCCGGGUGACUAUCAAGCCCUCGCCAUGGCCCAAUUCGAAGCCGAACUCCGCGCUGCUGCCGCUGCCGCUGCCGCCACCGCCGGCAAAGGACGCUUUUCAGAUCCCACAGCGUGA